AUUGAAAUUCUUGCUUGACAAACAAUAAUAAUAGUGUUAGCUUCCGCUCAAUAUUUAUUUUAUUUAUUUAACUUAAGUGUUUCCUAAAAGCUAACGAAGGGUGUUGCAAUGGCUCAAGCUGAAGAUACAGAACUCCGAGAUUUAGUGUUAGAAGCUUUGGAAAAGAAUGGAUCGCUAGCUAAAAUACGUGCCUUACUACGUGCGAAUAUUUUCUUGGCGUUUGAGGAUGAUUGUGAAAAUAUGAAACAAAAUGUGAAUUUGGACAACAUUUUAAAAAUACCAGAAGGUGUGCUGGCGUUGUCGAUUGUCCACGAGUUUUUAGAGUUUUGUAACCUUAAAAACACGCUGUUUGUCUACAUGUCGGAGUCGCGCCAGGGUACGGAGUACAUGUAUGAAGGCCGAAAUAUGUUGGUUGAUCGACUUCAGUUCUUAAACGGUAAUGAUGAUUCCAAGGAGCCUGUUCUCGUCACGUUCGUGAAAAAUAUCCUUAGACCUCACCAGAGCAAGUACUACGAGCGGGGGGACGCCGGCAACGCGGGCCAGCACAACUCGCUUACCGCGAAACUACGCAAAGGUGACCAAAACUGCACUUACUUAGUUCAUGAAGACUCCAGUAUGUCAACUAGUAAUUCUACUUCUGACAACUCAUCAGAUGAAAAGAAUAAACUUCACUUGAAAUUACCUCUUGACAAUUCAGAUACAGAUACAUCAAGUGACUCUGUGAGGGAGAAAAUGAGCUCAGAGUAUAUUCCCAACCAACACAUACUGUCUCAAGCCAGAAGCAAUGUUGAUAGAUUAACCCUUGACCAGUUCUCCUCAACAUACAACCAGCAGAAAGAUAAUAUUGGAAUGAGUCAACACAAUGACACUCCCCAUACAAACGCGCAAAACCGUGAAAUUAAGCCAAAUAUUAAUAACAGCAGCGAGUCCACAUCAUAUGUAGAUAUUAAAUCGUUUAAACCACCAGAUGAGGCAAAUAUAACAGUACCGGUUAUAACACUUGACAAUGUUAAAAAUAGUCCUGCAAGACCCCAAAACCCAACACACACAAGUCCUCAACCAGAAAAUGUUAAAGCAAACUCUGAGUCUACAUCAUCAGCAACUAUGAAUAGUAUUUCAUCUCUAUCUUUGAAGCAUGAAAAUGGAAAGAAAAUUCAAAAAAACAACUUGCUGACUACAGAUGAUCCCACUAAAUCAGACAAUGAAGUGACAGAAUACAGUUUAGAUUUUUCACUGUCUCAAGUGUCUAGAAACAAGAGCACACCUGAAAGUCAGCUGCAGCUCCCAGACCAGCCGGGUAACCCGUCUCAAAACUCGCCACUCUUAAGCCCACAUCAGAAUUCUCAAAGUUCUCAGAGUUCUGUGUCCAUAUCUGAUGUAGCUGACCUAAUUGAGUAUAGUGACCGAAGUUACUUAUUUGAACACAAUCAAAAUAAAGAUAAUGAGACUGAAGUUACCCCAUCAAAAGCAAGUAAUAAAUCUAAAAAUGCAAGUGAUCAGAAUUUUGUUCCAAGUGAGGACUCGGGUGAUUUUUCAGAAUCCCCUAUCCCAUCACUUUCAAACUUAAGCCUUGAUAUUCAUAGUGAUUAAUCUAAAUCUAGUCAAAGAACUAGCUGGCUUGCAUUUAGAUCAAAUUAGAUACAUACCCAUACCACGAGUCAACACUGACAGUCACAGUGUCAACACUGACAUAUACACUAACAUCUACGUAAUUUACUUUCUAUACAUCUCGCUUCUAUACAAGCUCUCGAGAUGCAUAGAGAGUAAGUUACGUUCACUCUAGUGUUUAUGUCAGUGCCAAAAUGGUGGUAAGGUGGUAAAUGUGUGCUGUUACUAACAUGGUUGCUGCGGCAUAAUGCAGCAGUGCACAAUGUAACAGAGAUGUUAAUUUUAGAGUAAUACUAAAUAUUUUUGAGGUUUGUAUUGUUGAGGGUGCUUGUGGUAUUGAUUAUCUCAAUUGUCAGGUCAUUUCCUUUUGAAACCUAUUUACUCAUAUGUUUUUAAGUUGCUACAUAAAUCAAAUGUAAGAAAGUUAAACUAAUAUCACUUAAAAAGCCAUUGCUUUGGUAGCCAUGUUACUACUUGGUGCUCUAAAUAGAUUGCAAGAUUUCUGAAAUUUGAGACUACCUGUCAAGAUUUCUGAAAUGUGAGACUAUGUACAGGUGACGUCAAAGAUAUGUUAUCACAUUUGCACCUAACUCCUUUGUAAUAAGGCAAAAAUGUAGGUAUCGUCAAGCUUGCUGUUUAUUAAUCAUUUUUAGUUUUUAUGCUGAGCCCUUUAAGCCUUUAUAAAGCAGAGGGAAUAUAUUUCCCACCACAUUUUGAACUUUAUUUCAAAGUGACAGGGCUCAAUUUUGCAUAAUUCCUGACACCCUUAUGCCUUAUAAAGGGUUAACACAUUCACUGCCCCUGACGCACAUGUGCGUUCACCGUCAUAUAAAUUUGUUCCUAGGCCACGCCCCCUGGCAGUAAAUGCGUUAAAAACACUUGCAAACCCUGGAGGUACAAUAUUUUUGGAACACCCAACCCAUGGCCAUUAUUUGAUAAAUCUACAAUUUAGUCCUAAUAGUUAUAGUUAGGCAUGUAAGUAUGAGGCAGUUGCACAUACCUAUAAAAAAAAACUAUAUGACCACCAACAAUUAAUAAGUACCCUUUUAAAAUUGUAGGUACUUAUGUACCUAAUGAAAAGCGCCUACGAACAAAGAACCCGCCUAGUGGGUUGCUGGCUAUGAAUGUGUUAACCACAAUAAAAUAUAAGGUAGAGUUAAACCAAGAUAAGCCUGCAACGAUUUUGAUGGCACACACAGUGCAAGUGUUAAUUUAAAAGUCAAACAGUCUAUGAAAUUAUGACGCAUAAAUAACACUUGCACUUCAUUUGCUAUCAAAAUCGUUGCAGACUUAUCUUGGUCUAACAGUUCCUUGUUUAGGUUCCGUUUUUAGUGUUCCGUACAAAACUUUGUUUAUUUUACUAUUUAACAGGCAUCAUGGCUUCGAUCAUACAAAAGUAUAUGACACAUUUUAGGAAGGGGACAUUCAAAUCUGUGUUAAAUGUAUGAAUGUUAUACAUUAAUAACUUUAAUCAAUACAAUCUAAAGUCUUAGUACUGAAGUGUUUAUUGUACAUAAUUGUUAGGUAAUAGUACCUAUUGUAAUCCUGUUUUAAAAUUAGUGCUUUUCUAACCAGACACCAUCAGUUGGUUAUAAAUUGAUUACCUAUUUGACAGUUCCAAGUGUUACUUGUUGAAGUAAUAAAGGUUGUGCCUUAUUUAUAUUAUGUACCAAGAUUCCUUUGAAUAUGUCUACUAUGUUUAAAUUCUAGUCUUAAUAUAAAACCGGUUCCGUCCAAAUUGCUCCAUUGUCAUGUCAUAAUAAUAUCCGGAGAAAAUAUCUGCAACCAAUAGCUUAUUUACUUUAUUAUCAUGAAUAAAAACUAUGAAUCGCGUA